AUGGUCACCACCUCCAUUGCUGCCAAAGAAGUUGAAUGCAGUAGCAGGGAAAAGGUGGCGGAGAUGGUGGCAAUGAAACCAAUGAUGGAGGCUGGAAAGCAGCAAAAGCAAAAGAUACUUCCAAACAAAAUGAUGGAUGAGGUUAGUGCUGCUCUGACGGAUGAAGAUACUUGCAUGGAUGGAUUCUCAAGCAGCGCUAUGAAUGGGUACGCAAAGAUGAUGGUGAGGAAACGAAUUAUUAAGAUCACACAUUUGAUGAGCAAUGUUUUGGCUCUCGUCAAUAACUAUGCUUCAUCUCAGAUCCUUCAUUGA